AAACAUAACACACCGAGAAACCUGUAUUUAUGACUUAUUUGAUUGACUCACGUGAAAACACACGUUACCACACUGACUCAAGCGGAAUCACACAGAUUAUGGAAACUUCCAAUCACAAACUCGCCUUGAAAUUUCUUGUAGAGUACGAAUGGGUUUAUAAUUUCCAGCUGACGAAAUUCUUCGUGAAUAAAGUCUGGGACAAAAUACCUAGAGAGUGGUCCGAUGUUCUGCUACAACUGUCAACAGAAGAUCUUAACAAAUUACCUUAUGGAUAUAUCAGGGAAGAAUGGCCAGACUCUCUGAAAAAUUUCAUCAGAACAGCCUUGACCUUAUCCCUACCAAGGUCACAGAGGAAUGGUGUGACCCCUGUUAUCAUUAGCCCGGAUAUGUGUCGAGGCAUGACACCAAAGAAACAGCAUGAGGUGUCUCUAAUGUCAGCAGUGGUGCAUGAUGUGGCACGCCAAGCUAAUUGUGAUGUCAUCUUGGAUAUCGGGUCGGGCCUGGGCUACCUGGGACAAAUACUACAAAAACAAUUUGGUUACAACAUCAUUGGAUUUGAGAGUAAGCAAUGUCACACUUCAGGAGCGGAGAGAAGGGCUGUUACAGGUCACCAGAAUGGAAUACACAAUGUUACCUUUGAGCUGGAAAAAGGCCAGGAAAAUAUGGAUAAAUUUUCAAAAUUAGUGUACAACACUUGUCAACUACAAAAUUGUUGUAGUGAGGACACUGUAAGUAAAUCAGAAGUGUGCAGAAAUUGUGACCAAGUACCAACAGACAGCAAGGAAUGUGAUAGUGUAGACAAGAACAAGCCAGUGGAACACAAGAUUACAGUUCACGAUGAUUUGGUGUUGAGACGACCCCCAUUAGUGACAGUUGAAGGACAUAGGUGUGUAGAGGAUGUUUCAACACAUCGUCAGAAAUGUAAAUCUGAUAUUCAGUACAAUCACAAUGAAACUAAAACAGGGGACAUGUACAGUGAAAAAUGUGAAACUUGGGAUUCUGAUCUUGACAAUUUAUCUUUGAGUCAUAAGAAGGAGUUUCUACCCGAAUGUGAAUCAAGUCAACCUGAUACUAAGGCUGAUGCCAUGCAUCAGUCCAAGGAUUUAACUUUAGGAUGUGAGUGUAGGGAUGGCAACACGCCAGAUUCGCACCUGACAUUAACAAAGCUGGAUAAACCACUGACCUUGACCUUACCACGAGCACUGAUGAUUGGCCUACAUUGCUGUGGUGACCUCACACCUACCAUGAUGGAGUAUUUUAGGUGCCUGGACUUUGUCAGGGGGCUGUGUUGUGUCAGCUGCUGUUACCACAGAAUGAAGGUCAAAGCUGAAAACGAGACUCUGUACAAUUUCCCUAUGAGUGCAGCAACAAGUAAAAUAUACAACAAAGUAAAGGGGGAUAACCCCUUGUGGGGUAUCAACACCUUUGCUUUGCGAUUAGCAGCACAGGAGACCAGAGGUCGUUGGGGAAAACAGACAGCUGAAGAUCAUGACUAUCACACAAAGAAUGUUGGUUACCGAGGGAUUCUAGAGCUGUACACAAGUUCAAAUACAGAGAAAUGUGAUAAAAUGUUCAGGAAGAUAGCAAGAAAGUCUGACUAUAUCUCGUUUACAGCGUAUGUUGAUGCUGCCUGCAGUCGUCUUAAAUACCAAGCAGGAGAGGAUCCAGGAAUAGACAAGACUGAACUGUUCCGCUUGUUUGAGGAAAAUAAAGACAAAAUGAAAUACAUUGAACCUUUGACAGCUCUUCAGUACCUUAUGCAGCCAGUGUUGGAGGGGCUGAUUAACACAGACAGAGCACUGUAUUUACAGGAUCAUGGCAUUUCUACAGAAAUUGUACCAAUAUUCAAUGAGGUUAUCUCCCCUAGAAAUCUUGCUUUAAUAUCUGUAAAAUGAUAUUCAGCAAAUAUGGAUACAGCUACAUUUAUUUAUUAAAGCUUUAAGACCAAUAGAAACAAUUGAAAAUGCAAUUUCCACAGUCAAGAUCAUAUGAUGACUUGCUUCAAAAUUUGAACUCUGCAGGAAUUAGGUUUCCAGUGUAGUAUGGUGAUGUUUUUACAUACACUGUGUUGCAGCAUGUUAUCUCAUUACUGCUUAUUUGCUUCUUUCUUUGCUUGGAUUAUCGUCCUACGAGCAGCCAGGGUCAUGUUGAGGCAGGUUCUCCUUGUAGUACAUACUGUACCCGUUACUGAGCUACAUAUUGGAUGCCUAUUACAUGUCAUCCACAGCAAUUAAGUUAAUGUGUUAUGGUAAGCAAGAGAGUUAAUGUGUUAUGGUAAGCAAGAGAGUUAAUGUGUUAUGGUAAGCAAGAGAGUUAAUGUGUUAUGGUAAGCAAGAGAGUUAAUGUGUUAGGCAAGCAAUUAAUUAAUGUGUUAUGACAAGCAAUUAAGUUAAUGUGUUAUGAUAAGCAAUUAAUUAAUGUGUUAUGGCAAGCAAUUAAUUAAUGUGUUAUGGCAAGCAAUUAAGUUAAUGUGUUAUGAUAAGCAAUUAGGUGAAUGGGUUAGGGUAAGCAAUUAAGUUUAUGUGUUAUGCCAAGCAAUUAAGUAAAUGUGUUAUGGCAAGCAAUUAAUUAAUGUGUUAUGGCAAGCAAUUAAUUAAUGUGUUAUGGCAAGCAAUUAAUUAAUGUGUUAUGCCAAGCAAUUAAGUUAAUCUGUUAUGAUACACAAUUAAGUUAAUGUGUUAUGGCAAGCAAUUAAUUAAUGUGUUAUGAUAAUCAAUUAAGUUAAUGUGUUAUGAUAAGCAAUUAAGUUAAUGUGUUAUGCCAAGCAAUUAAGUAAAUGUGUUAUGGCAAAGAAGCAACUAUGUCAGCUCACACCCGUCAUU